AUGUCAUCCUUUUAUUACCAGAUACACUUUGUGAAAAGCCAGCAAGAUAACAUCACUGCUAAGCUUCAUGCAGAGUACCUGGGCUUGGAGGAGGAGAUCACUGGCCUUGAAUUGGAGAAAUAUUUAACUGGUACUUCAGAUAAUCUUGUGGACAUAGAAGAGCUUCCAGAGGAGGUUUUGGAUUCAGAUUGCCCCUAUCCAGAACUACAAGACUCACUAAUCCAGACCUUCCAGUCCCUAGCAGAAAGGUACCACAGCAGGAUCCAGAACCUCAGAGAGCAACUGCAAACAACUCAUAGGUUCUUUGGCUGGUGUGCAGAUGAACACCAACGCUUCCAGUUCACUUUGUCUCUAUACACUCCUCCUGACGUACCAAACCACAGAACACUCUGCAUGGAUAUGCUCCAAAGAUUAUUCCCUCAGAAAACUAAACAGGAGCUGACUGAGCAUGAACGUGUGUUGGAUUGGCAGCGCUUCACCCAGGCACAGCUGAAGGUAGUGACCCAGCAAUGGCAGCGGGACCAUGAAGAGCUGCUGGCCAGAGCCCUGUUCACCCUGCAGGAGGCGAGACAUGCCCACCAGGAGGAGCUGGAGCUCCACAGAGACCGGCAGAGCCAGCAGGACAUCUGCUUGCAUCUUAGAAAGAAGCUGCAGCAGUGGCGGGCCCAGCAGGAAGAGGUGUCGAAGCUGGAGGCGGCCAUAGAUGCUAGACAAAAAGAGGAGGAAGAGGCGAGGUUAAAGAGAGAGCAGGAGAGGGAGACUGCCAUCAGAUCACAGCAGAAAGAAAAAGUCAGACUGUUUUAUUUAAAGCAGCAAAGGAGGCGGGAGCUGCUGGAGCAGAGGGACCAGGAGAGACUCGCUAAUCUGAGGAGAAUCAUGGUAGAACAGGCACGGCGCGAUAGAGAGAGGGUGCAGUUUCGGGCGGACAUGUUGCAGAGGCAAAAGGAGGAGAGAGAGGAGCGGGAGAUGGAGCGGCAGAGAGAAGAAGAAGAGAGACAGCACCGUCUUGAAGUUCUCAGAAACCAGGUUGGGGUGGUGGCAGAGGCAGACCCAGAGAGGAUGAUGGCGGAUACUGAGGCUUGGAGGAGUCACCACUUGAAUAUAAAGGAGUUUGAGCUCCAAAAACCUCUCUACAGUAUCAACACGUACACAGACACACAGAUUAUGUCUGAUCCACGAGUACGAGUUGAGCAGGCUCUGCGGGAGGCCGGUCUGCACAACACCCAGUAUGCCAAAGAGCUUCUGUCUGUUAUCAAGCCCCCUAAACCGCCUAGACCAGAUACAAAAUCCAUAAUUAAAUUCUGAUUGGGG